GUGCGGGUUCGCGACACAGCAGGUCCACCUUCAGGUCCAUCGUGUCCAGCAGCAAGGGCGCCGGCGCGCCGCCCCACGACCCCUCCCACGUCGCCGUGCCACUGCACGAGGCGUGGCAGGCGCUGCUGGAGGGCUUCCUGCCGCACCUGCUGGCGGAGGCGGAGGGGGCGGCUGGGUGGCUGCUGCUGUGGAAGGGGGAGGAGGAGGCGGCUCGAGGGCAAGGAGGCGCGAGAGGCGGCGGUCGGAGUGGCGGCGGGGGCGGCGGCAAGGCGGGAGGCAAGCGGCACAAGAAGGGCAGACGGCGGCGGAGAGCGGCCGAGGAGGAGGAGCAGGAGGAGGAGGGGGAGCAGGAGGAGGAGGAGGAGGGGGCUGGGGAGGACCUGCAGCCCCAACAGCGGCGGUCGUUAUCUCGGCAGGGGCGGGAGGUGAUCGCUGCCCUGCUGGCGGGGGUGGACACGGAGUUCAUGGCUCUCGCGGACCUCGCCGCCAAGUCGCAGCAGGUCAUGUGCCUGCCCAUGAUGGCACUCGCCACCGCCUGCAUCGGAGCGCUGGUGACCCGCGGGUCAGUCGCCGCGCCGCUGCGGGCCGCACUCGCCACCUGCCACGCGCGACUGCGGGGCCACUUCGGUCGCUUCGUUGAGGCGCAGCGGGCGGCGGUUGACUCGUACGGCAGUCGGUUGGCGGCUGGCGGCAGCGUCAAGUCGUACCACGUGAUCAACUUUGUUUCCCAAUUCGCGCUCAUGGCUCAUCACAUUGAGGUCAUGUUGUCGGAGGGGGCGGAUGCCCUUCUCUCGCAGCUCUCCGGCGGUGUCGCCUCCGCUGCCGCCACUGCCGCUGCUGCAGCAGCAGCCCUUGCCACUGGGGGUGGCGGCAGCGAUGGCGAGGAGGGAGACGAGGAGGAGAACGAGGAGGAGAACGAGGAGGAGGAGGAGGAGGAGGGAGCGCGGCGGAGGGAUGUGUUGUUGGCUGCGGCGACCUGGCAGGUACGGCCCGAGGUGGAUGCACUGUACGGCAGCCUAGUGGGCCUCAUGUUCGGCUCCUUGGAGCGCAUCGCGGGGGCGGACGCCAAACACGGUGACCGCUUCCGGGCGGAGAAUUACGGCUAUUUUGUGGAGGCAGUACGGCCGCUUGUACGACACGUGGCCUCUUUGGAGCCGUACAUGCUGCAGGCGGAGGCGAAGCAGGAGGAGUCCAUCCGUCGCUACGUGUCCGCCCAGCUGCAAUACACCAACCUGGGUCGGCUGGGGGAGGCGGUGGGGCGGCUGGAGGGGCUGCUGGCGCUGCUGGCGCCCAGGGAGGUGGCGUACCAGGCGGGCUGCUCGGCGGGCGAGAUGCGGGCGCUGAUUGCGGCGUGCGGCAAGGAUGCCGACAAGAAGAUCCAGAAGAUGUACGGCCGCGUGCGGCGGCACCUGGGCACCAGCGGGCUGGCCUUCCGCGUGUGGGAGCGCAUCUACGAGGAGCUCAUGAACACGUACCGGCGGUUGGAGGAGCAGUUGGGGCUGUGCUACCCCUCCCUGCAGCUCGACCCCGCCCCGGAGCAGCUGGCCGAGCUGUUUCGAAGCGUGGUGGGGCCAGCAGCUGCCUCGCCGUGAGGAUGGUGCAGGGAUGCUGGUGUGGCUUGUUGCAUGAUCGGGAGGGAUCCGGGAUUGCAUGCGCGGAUUGGAAGUUGCAGGA